UUACAUAAGAUUUGGUGCCACUACAGGACCUUGGUUGCAAACCAUGUUCUAUAUGGUCCCAGUUUAUACCAAUAACGUCACAACCUGAAUUUGGUUUUUAAGGGGCAGAUCCUGCUGCAGAAUGAGCGUCACCGAGCUGUAUGAUGACUACGAUCCUGACUCGUACCCUAACUUCACUGUGCCCAUCUUCGACAUGACGGAUCCACAACUGACCCCCAUCCUGUGGGUGUCUCUGGUUCUCUACUCCCUCGUAUUCCUGCUGGGCGUGCUGGGGAACACAGCUGUCAUCUGGGUGACGGGCUUCGGAAUGAAGCGCACGGUGAACACCGUCUGGUUCCUCAACCUGGCGGUGGCCGACCUCCUCUGCUGCCUGGCACUGCCGUUCCUGGCCGUGCCUGUGGCCCGCGGCAACCGCUGGGAGCUGGGUGACUUCGCCUGCAAGCUGCUCCCAUCCCUCACCAUCCUGAACAUGUUUGCCAGCGUCCUGCUCCUGAUGGCCAUCAGCGUGGACCGCUGCGCCCUGGUGACCAGGCCCAUCUGGUGCCAGAACCACCGCACGACCCGGCUGGCCUGGGGCCUGAGCGGGGCAGCCUGGCUCCUGGCUCUGCUCAUGACCCUCCCAACUCUCAUCUUCCGGACGACGCGCACCAAGGAGUUCUCAGACAAAGUGAUGUGCGUCCUGGAGUACGCUCAAGUGGCCAGUUACCAGACCACCGUGGAGGUGUCCGUCGCUACCUUCCGCUUCGCUGCUGGCUUCCUGGUCCCCUUCGUGGUGAUCGCCACCUGCUACGGCCUGGUCCUGGCCCGUGUCCAGGGUAGCUGCCUGGUCCGAUGGCACAGGCCCACGGUGGUCGUACUGGUAGUGAUUGUCAGCUUCUUCGUGUGCUGGCUUCCCUACCACGUGGUGGGGCUGAUCCUGGCCUCCCAUGCCCCCAGCGCCCGUCUGUACAAGCUGGCAGACACCACCCAGCCCCUCGUCGUCAGCCUGGCCUACGUCAACAGCUGCCUCAACCCCAUCAUCUACGUGGGGAUGGGCCGGGGCUUCUGGGGCUUGGUGCAAAGCCGCCUGGCUGAUGUCCUCCAGGAGGAGGGGGCAGCCCUAGGGGGUGAGGCCCAGGCUCAGCUCACCUCCACGAGCAGUGGGCAGGCCACGGAGGUUUAGGUCCAUGGGGGCAGGGCCACCUGAGGAUUCAGGGGGCCUGGGGUCUUGCCGCCGAAGACCUGACAUUUUGGCAGUGGGUUCCGGGGUGGAAGGACCCCCAGCCAUGGGUCUUUGGGGCACUUCGGCAGCAGAUCCCGGAGCGGAAGGACCCCCGCUGCCGAAUUGCCGCGGAAGAUGCUCCAGGAGCCCAGGCCUCGCGAGAGUUUUCCGGGGCCCCCGUAGCGAGUGAAGGACCCUGUUCUAGGGGCCCUGAAAAACUCUCAUGGGGGCUCCUGCAGGGCCCUGGGCCUGCGGCAAAUUGCCCCACUUGCCCCCCCUCUGGGUGGCCCUGCAUGGGGGUCCCCCAGCUUGGGCGGGACCAGGAGAGCAGGGGACUGGACUGACCAGACGAGAUGCUCGCACCCCAGCUGCGGUGUAUUGUGGGAUGCUGAGAUGCGGUGCCUUGCGAGUACCACGUCUGUGCCUUGCGUGGUCGCUGAGCCUGGCUGGUGCUGUGACGUGUGGGGAGCUGAGUCUCUGCAGAGCUGGCUGGAGGGAGCAGUAAGAUCUGCUUCCCCCCAAACAUCCUGCAGCCCCUGAGCGAAGGGGCCAGCUCCGGAUUACCACUGAACUGCUCCGACUGGAAGCUCUGGGGGCAGGGACUGUCUCUGUUCUGCAUGUGUAUGGUGCUGCUGCGAUACAGAUCAUCCAUAAAUCACAGCCUUGUGGCGAACCCUC